GGGGCUCAGUCCUCACCAAUUUCUAAGCCAGUUUUGACCCGGGCCAAACAGAUAAGGAGCCGAAUCUGAUGGAAUGUGAUGGCAAAGUCCGAGGAUGCAAAACAAGAGCAAGAAGAAUUGGUCCAAACGGAGAGUACUAUCGCAGACCUUUCUGAUCAAACAGAGACUUUCAGUUCCUUUACUAAUGAGGUACAGAGUUCUGGUUCAUUCAGCUGCUCUGGAGGACCACAGUCCCGGUCCUUUGACCCUGGAAACAAGCCCGAGAGUGAAGAGCAGAUGGAAAGCUUAGAACAAGACGAUAAACAUUCUGAUCUUUCAGACUUUAAAAAUAAUGAAAACAAAUUUAGUAUAAAGUGGAUCAAUUACCUCAAGGGCAAAGAAACUAACUCUGAGUGGUCCCAAUCAGACACUAGACUUCAAACGGAAAUUACUCAGGUAUCCGAUAAAGAAUUGAAUGCCCUGCAGUCUUUUUGCGCGGUUAAGAUAAACUUGAUCCAUCACAGAGUGAACUCACAGAAGAAGAGCAGCAGACAGAAAAAGCCGCAGCUUAGAUUGAACGAAGAGACUUCAGAGAGAGACGCCUUAAACUGUACUGUCCCUGAUGAACUUGUGAACAGAAUCUAUUUUAAAAACUUGAGGACAGCACCAAUACAGAUGACAGAAGCUAAGCAACACAUUUUUUCUCAGUGUCCUGAAUGUAACAAGAAAAGAGAAGAGCUGGCACAAUAUGCCUUCUUGAAAGAAAAGAAGACUUUACUGGAGUCUUUUCUACUCCGAGAAAAAAUAGAUGAACAGCUUUAUGCCAAAGAUGUUCUCACGCGUAUUGGAGAAGCACACCGAAACCUUCCCAGGCUUUCCGAUGACCCCAGAAUAAUUUGGAAAAGACUGAAUGAGAAAAGUCAUAUCCGAUACUCUGGUGUUAAAAGGUCAGAUACAGAGCAGAAGAUUUAGCAAGAUGGAAAUAGUGAUUGUCAUUCACCUUUUCUCUACUACUUCUCAAGCCACUUACUCUAACGAGGUGGUGAUUAUUAAUGACGAUAUGUAAUGUGGAUAGAUGUGUAUUUGAGUAAUUAUUAUAAUUUUCUACAGGCACUUGGGAAACAAAUUUAAGGAUUUACUAUGCUUCCUUCACAGAUUUGAGGACUGAGAACUUUCUGUCCAAUACAUUUUUUUUUUGUGAUUUUAGAAGGCAAUGUUGUGAUUGGAAUAGUCACAAAGCUUUUACAACAGUUCAGGACAUGUUGGUAGUUUGGAUAUGGGUGUUGAUAGUACUGAGAUUUAGGGGCACUUAGAAAGUAACAAUGGUCUGUCUUUGGUUAUGAAAUGGCUAUGAGGAAUUAAUA